UGGUGGAGGAGGACGAGGAGGAGGACGUCGAGGAGCGCUUCGUGCCCCCUGCGGCCCCGAAGGGCCAGCCCCGGGGUUCGCUGAAGGCAGGGAGCACUAAGCGUGAAAUGACCUUCACCUUUCAACAGGAGGACUUAAAACGUGACUUUAAUAAAAAAAUAUCCUAUCAACAAUUGUUCCCUUUGGCCAUGGCAGAAGAUGUGAGAACAGCUGACACCAAAAAAGCCCACAGAGUCCCUGAACAUGAAAAAGAGAACACUCGAUCCAUCUGUCUCCUGGAACAAAAACGCAAAGUGGUUUCGUCAAAUAUUGAUGUUCCUCCAGCAAGGAAAUCUUCAGAAGAACUGGAUAUGGAUAAAGUAACAGCAGCAAUGGUAUUAACCAGUUUGUCUACCAGCCCUUUGGUUCGAAGCCCUCCUGUGCGGCCAAAUGAGAGCCUCAGUGGAUCUUGGAAAGAAGGGGGAUUUGUGCCUUCGAGUACCAGCAGUAGUGGGUACUGGAGCUGGAGUGCCCCCAGCGAUCAAUCCAACCCGUCCACCCCGUCUCCACCUCUGUCAGCCGAUAGCUUCAAACCUUUCCGAACACCCACUCAGCCAGACGACGGCAUUGAUGAAACAGAAGCGAGCAACCUCCUCUUUGAUGAACCCAUUCCCAGGAAAAGAAAGAAUUCCAUGAAGGUGAUGUUCAAAUGCCUUUGGAAAAACUGUGGGAAGGUACUAAGCACAGCUGCUGGAAUCCAGAAACACAUCAGAACCAUCCACCUUGGACGCAUAGGUGACUCAGACUACAGUGAUGGAGAAGAAGAUUUUUACUACACAGAGAUCAAACUCAAUACAGACUCAGUGGCUGAUGGGCUCAGCAACCUUUCCCCAGUUUCUCCCUCUCAGUCCCUGGUGUCUCCUCCAACAUUCCCCACCUUGGAUUCCAGCCGUUCUGAAACUCCAUGUGCCAAAACGGAGCCGAAAUUGAUGACGCCUCUGAGCCAAUCAGCUCCUACCACCCUCUACCUCGUACAUACAGACCAUGCUUACCAGGCUACUCCCCCGGUGAACAUUCCAGGAUCCACAAAAUUCUCUCCUAAUGGCAGCAGCUUUAGCAUCUCUUGGCAAUCUCCGCCAGUUACCUUCACAGGCAUUCCAGUUUCCCCAACACACAAUCGUCCUGUGGGCAUAGGAGAGCAGAGACAACAGACUCAUUCAGUCCUGUCUUCACCUCCCAGAGGAGCAGUGAGCUUAAGAAAGCCACGGGGGGAGGGCAAAAAAUGCCGGAAGGUUUAUGGCAUGGAGAAUCGAGACAUGUGGUGCACCGCCUGCCGUUGGAAGAAGGCCUGCCAAAGGUUCAUUGACUGAAGAGUGGAAGCCUCAAAGGUGCAGGGUGUGGACACCCAAGAGCCUGCCUACAGCUGCCCUUGAUACUCUUCUUGCCCUCUCCUUCCACUCCUGGUUUUGAAAAGAGGUUUUUGCAUUAACAACAAAAUGCACUCGUAGCCAAGGUGAAGCCCUUCAAGAAACCUGUGUGUGGAAGAACAGCAAAAAAAAUUUAACCGUAACUAGCAUCACCAACCAGUAUCCAACCUGGAGCAGCUAUAACUUUUUUUUUUUUUAGUUGGAAAAAAAAAAAGUUAACCUUUUGCUCUGUGACUUCCUUACCACGCCAGGCCAGCCCCAGUAGAUCUUGUAACUGUACUGUGAACUUCUGUAGCAGUUAAAACAACAAACUCUUCUUUCCCUAGAAUGGAGGUAUCUUUUGCUAUGUUUUCUGACUAACACACCUUGCAAGAUUUUUUUCUGACACUUUAAGAAACAACCCACCACAUAAGCUACCGUUUAUUCAAACAGCAUUUGUACAAAGAAUGAACUCUACUCCGUAAUUCCCAAUGUGAACAGUCUUGCUUCAGUUUCCCAUUUGACUCCUUGGAGCCAUGCAUACCCUGCCGUGCUCUAGGGACAAACGGCACUCAUGAUUUCUUUUCCAUUUGGGGUUUUCUUUUUUUAAAAAAAUGGCCACACACCAGAAGUCCUGUGGGAACUAUUAACCUGCAAGCCCCCCGGGACUUUCAAGAACACAAAAAAGAUAACAAACGAUGGAAAUCACCAGCAAACUUCAGCCAUGAGCUGAGAUCAGGAAAUCCAGCUGUCAUCAUUGGGAAACAUCUGGGAGCUUCACUUGAUUUCCCAAGAAGCUUUUUCUAAUUACUUGGCUUUCUAUAACGUAGUGGCCAAGCCUGAGAAGCAGCAUCCUGCUUCUCUCCAUCUUGUUGCAACUCCGUCAAGAACUGGUCCAUGUAGCCAUCUGGGUAACCCUUAAUCCUUUUUUUCAGGGAUGUGAUCCAAACCAGCAGCUCAGCUCUGUUUACUAUGAUUGCUUGUUUGUGAGACUGUUGCCAGCUUAAUGGGUCACUAGUCCUUUCCCUAAAACAAACAAAAAAAAAAGAAAGAAAAUUCUACAAUGGUUUUCAGAAAAAAAGCAGAAAUGUCCCAUACACAUAAACCUGUGGGGUUAGCUUUAAGAGCAGAGCACAACCUACAUAGUCUUGUCCAUUCUAAAAACCCAUCUUGAGGUUAAAAAACCAAUUCCUAUUUUGAGUGCACUUUUAUAGAUUUUUAUGCUUUUGCAUGUCUGGUAUAUGGGCUAAUGAAUACUAUAGAUCUUUGUAGGAGUUGAUGCAAGAUACAGACCUUUAUUUUUUAUCAUUUGAAAAAUUGGGGGUUAUUUAUUGAUAAUUACCCUGGUGGGGAAAAUACAAUAAAUAAAAGGAAAAUGCCAUGUUGGAUAAUACAACGGGUAGUUAUAGGAAUAUCUCCAUUUGGGAGGGUCAAGUCUUAAAGUAGGUGGUAUUUACAAGAUCUGAGGCCUUAGCUUUUUAAGAAAAAAAAAUUUUUUUCAUUUGGGAGCUAGGCCUAGUCCUAUAAAUAAGUUAGUUUUCCAUCCAACUUAUUUCCCUACUAAAUAUUUACUCUCUCCUACCCCUGUGCAAAGAAGACUAGCACCUUAGAGGAUGUUUUGUUUAGAACUUAAAAAUUAGCAUCAGCCAUAGGAAUGUUCAGUAAAAUUGCACAAAGGAAGAGUGUUACUAUGUUUAAAAUUGCACACACACAUACAUACACAUUUCUGAACUGAAAUCUAUUAUGCCUGAUUUCCCUUUACAUAUUUAAAAAAAUAACAAAAGGAAGUACAGUAGGUUGCACAGUACAAUAUUCUGGCCCCCAUUAUUUAGGCUUUCUUAAAUUUUUGGCAAGUUUUUGUUUCAGAUCCCUCGUAGAGAGAACCAUGGUUCUUUGUUUCUUUGGGGUUAAUAGACUAGCCUGGUUUGAUCACUUCUUCUUAGUCAGUUCUACUUAUACUUUUUUUUAAACCCUUGACUCUAGAUAUCAGAAAAUAGCAUUUGUACCUCACCCAACUUUAGUACCAUAAUCCUUGAAAAAAAAAAGUAGUACUUUCUAAUAUUUGCUAUAUAGUAUGACAUUCCCUGGGUCAGCCAUGAAAACAAUCUGAAAAAUUCUUCCAUCUUCUCACACAUUUAUUUGCCCAUAGUCUUCCCUCCCCCUCAAAAAGCAAGGAUCUUUCUUCCCUCAUAUGUCAUCGUGCCUAUUAUUGUGACCAAGAUGACACUACUUUUCAGUUGGACAGUUCCACAUAUAUGGUAUGGGGUUUGUACUAAGCCAGCCAGACUUUCUGGCCUCUCCUAUAACUUGUAAUAUUAUCAGUGAGCAGAAUUAAGGGCUCUAUCUGUGACUAUGAAAUGGAAUUUUGUCUGUUUUGCAAAGCUACCUGAUCUACUGACAGAAUCUAGUGCUUGGUUUUGUUCUUCAGAUUCAGUAGCCAAUAGCAAAGAACUGAAUUCCCCACAUCCCAUAAAACCAAGGUGUAGCUCUGCGUGAAAUCAGUUUGUGUGGCUGUGGUGCUCUGUCCCCUGGGAGACGGUAUAAUGCUCCCCAAACGUAUGUUAGAUAACCUCCGCUCCCCAUCUUCAGUCAUCAACUAAUUUUCAGAACCAGUAGUUGUAACGAGCGGCAGACAGCCCAGCCACUCACCUCCACAGGGCUCCUACACAAACUGUCACUUCUAUUUAAAGCAAGAGUUCUUAACCUUUUUUGGGUCAGAGACUCCUUCAACAGCCUGGCUUAGCCUAAGGACCCUUUCUCCAUAUAAUGUUCUAAAUAACUAGGAUUACAAAGGAAAUUAAUUAUACCAAAAAUACAAUUAGCAAAAUACUUAAAAAAAAAAAAAACAAUUUCACAGACCCCAGUUAAGAACUCCUGGCUUAAAGCCAUCAUUAUUCAGACUGAUUCGCCAAAUUAGCCAGGGAUGAGCACUGCAAAAUAAGACGUGUGUUUAUUGGGUACCAGACUCACUCUCUCUCUCUC